CGAAGACCGCCGGGAAAUACCGAAAGCCGCUGUGCCUGCUGGGAAACUACAAACUCGACAAACCGCCAUCUUUCUUUACAGCGAGUUAGUAAGGCAAAAUAACAACCAGUUUUGAAUGAUUAUUUCUCCAAAAUACAACCGUUGAAGCAAUUCCAUUAGGUCAGUUGUUGUAAAUAACAAGUUUAAAGAGGAGCGGGUUGAACGGAAUUCCAGAUAUUGCCCACAUAUCAGCCAUAAGACAGUUUGGUGGGAGCGCUCGACUAGUGGAAGUAGUCAACAUGGGCCGCUCUCGGAGCCGUAGCUCGUCCCGGUCCAAACACUCUAAAAGCAGCAAGCACAGCAAGAAACGGAGCCGGUCUCGGUCGCGGUCCAGAGACAGGGAGAGGUCCAAGAAGCGGUCCAAGUCCCGAGAAUCGAAGAGGAACCGUCGCAGAGAGUCUCGUUCUCGUUCCCCGUCCACCACAGCCUCGUCCCGCAGAGAGAGAGCAGCCUCGCCGCCGGAGCGCAUCGACAUCUUCGGCAGGACGCUGAGCAAGAGAAAUGCCCUGGACGAGAAGCAGAGGAAGGAGGAGGAGGAAAGAAGGGCAGAAAUGGAAAGACAAAGGAAGAUCCGGCAGCAGGAGAUUGAGGAGAAACUGAUCGAGGAGGAGACGGCACGGCGAGUGGAGGAGCUGGUGGCCAAGCGAGUGGAGGAGGAGCUGGAGAAGCGGAAGGACGAGAUCGAGCGGGAGGUGCUGCGGCGCGUCGAGGAGGCGAAGCGCAUCAUGGAGCGGCAGCUGCUGGAGGAGCUAGAGAGGCAGCGGCAGGCCGAGUUGGCGGCGCAGAAGGCCAGAGAGGAGGAAGAAAAAUCUAAGCGGGAGGAGCUGGAAAAAAUCCUGGAGGAGAAUAACCGCAAGAUCGCCGAGGCUCAGGCCAAGCUGGCUGAGGAGCAGUUGCGUAUUGUGGAGGAGCAGAGAAAGAUUCACGAGGAGCGCAUGAAGCUGGAGCAGGACCGCCAGAGGCAACAGAAGGAGGAGCAGAAAAUCAUCCUCGGCAAGGGCAAGUCCAGGCCCAAGCUCUCCUUCUCCCUCAAGGCCACCGAAUAAGACUGCUCCCCCUUCGUCCAAAUGUCACGCCCUGCCUUCAUCCCCAUCCAGCUCUCCCUCCUCAUCAUUCGACCCCACUCCUCCUCCUCCUCCUCCUCAGUGGAACGCUCGCUUCGUUUUGGAAGUGCUGAAGGAAGGCAGAGGAAAGGGGUGCAACCCGGUGUGUUAACUUGCUUGUCCCUGUGAAGGCCCAUGUUGUUCCUACCGGCCUUGAAGAGGAGGCAGCUCUUCGCCCUUGAAGGACCUGACUGCUCCCUCCAUCCUUCCUCAUCCCCACCGCACAGAUGACUCUUGUUUGUGCUUUCCCCCUCUGUUUUAUUUUCAUUUUUAGGGAACUUGAACUUUUAAUGUAGAAUGCUAUAACGUGUCCCUUGCCCCGUAAGUCUUAACUCUGGUGUAACAGCAAGCCACUGUGCGCCUGUACCCUUCUUACAUGUCUUCACAGCCAGCAAACUACAAUAGAACGCCAGACCCUGAUAUAGAAAAGUAUGUGUGACUUUGUUUAGUUCAGCUUACUGUAAAAGCUCAUGUACAGCUUGGGAGUUGGUCUGUGGUUUUCCUGUUUUUCAUUUUUUUUAAAUAAGGUUCGUAAAGUGGCAGACGCAGUGGUAACAAAUCACAGCACAGCCUUUAAAAGCACAGUUAACUUCCCGUCCAGCUGACAGGUUUGUCUUCCACCUUCCUUAGCCCAGAAGUUCUGUUCACCGUAUACAUCCACACAUUACUUUCUUUCUGCUUCAGCUCCGUCUGCCAUGUGUAUAUAUAUUUUUUUCUAAAUGACACAGCCGCAUGUUGUCCUGAGAGGAAAUGUAAAGCUUGUGUUAGUUUUGAAGUUGGUGCAGGUGAACUCAGCCUCGACUCCCAAGCUGCCCAUGACUGAACCACAAACCUACAGCAGGAUAUGUGUCUCGUCUAUGAUAAGGGGGGCUGUGGGGAAUGGAGGAGAGAGGACAUUUCCUGUAUGAUGUAAUGUUAUUAGCCUUGCUGUGAUUUGCUGACUGCCACUCACCCUCCUCCCCAAGUUAAGAUUGUGUUAUGAAAUUGAUCCUGGAUUAGAAAACAACAAGUCACAGUACUGGGUAAAUACUUGAGUUUUGUUUUGUCAGACUCUUUGGGAAAACAGAAACAGUCCAUGUUCUGUCCCUGAGUUUUGUUGUAGUAAAUUAACUUGGCAAGGCGCUUCACUUGGUAAGUCUUGAUUCGUAGAGGAUGGACAAGUUCAGGUAAGAUAAGGUUUGAGGUCAGCGGCUGUGCGAGUGCGUGCGUGCGUGUGUGUGUGUGUGUGUGUGUGUGUGUGUGUGAGAGAGAGAGAGAGAGAGACUGACAGGCUGACUUUAGGUGGGUAUAAUGACUAUGUUGUGGGAUUUUGAAUUUGUCAUGUAAUUUCCCCCAUUUGUCAAGGGACUGAACAGUUGAAUAAAUCCAUGGAAUGCCUCCA